GCUGCCUGCAGUGCUGGACUCCUUCAGUAUUCGAGAGACAGAAAUAUAGAGAAGAGAUGAGCGAGACAAGACCAGUGCCGAGGAGAGAGAGCCCAUGGGGAACGCCGGAGGGAGAACAUCGUCAACCUAAAGCUCACAGAUGUAACGAUCGAGCUGAGGAUGUUAUCCAAGCUUGUUUUGAGGGGAACCCAUUUAAGACUGUUCCGGGCCCUUUUAAGCUCUUUUGGCGGUGCAUGCGAUCGAAACCCGGAGAGGAACCAACAGAACCAUACACUUAUUUGCAACUGGAUCCCCCAAAGAGAGAGGAGGUGAAACUUGAGUGAAAUCCUUUUUUUACAAUGCUGCUUUAGCUAUUUGUUAUUUGAUUUUCUACUUUAAGGAAUUUUUGUCUCUGGACUUCAACUUUUGUUAUCUAUUAAGUAUCGUUUGUAGCAGUGUGGCACUCAUAAAUUCUAGCCUUGUCUGAUUAAUGAUGAAAAUGAUCAAGAGAACAGAGAACCCUUUUUUAUUUUUUUUUUAUUAUUGUAUGUGAUUUUAUUUGGUGCAAAAUAAUUGCAUUGGAAGCAAAACGAAUGCAUCCUAUAAUUGGUCGAUUCAA